GGGAAAUUGCCGGGGAAGUCCACGUCAACAUUUUGGCGGCCAUCUUGAAUGAGUGGAGGAACUUCGCAGAGGUUAUAUCAAAAGCAAUUUUAAUAUGGGAGCAGGCCAAUCCGCAGAAAUCCCAGGCGGUGGAUCAGAGGGAUAUCAUGUGCUUAGGGUUCAGGAAAAUUCUCCUGGGUACAAAGCAGGAUUGGAACCUUUCUUUGAUUUCAUCAUUUCGAUCGAAAACACAAGAUUGGACCAAGAUAAUGAAACACUGAAGGAAAUCUUGAAAUCUAAUGCAGAAAAACCUGUUAAAAUGCUGGUUUUUAGCAGCAAAACCUGCAAAGUUAGAGAGGUCAGUAUUACUCCAAGUACUCUGUGGGGAGGACAGGGCCUUCUAGGUGUCAGCAUUCGAUUCUGUUCUUUUGAAGGGGCUAAUGAAAAUGUCUGGCAUGUUUUGGAAGUUCAACCAAACUCUCCUGCAGACAUUGCUGGGUUACGAUCAAAUACAGACUACAUUAUUGGAGCUGAUUCAGUUCUACAUGAAUCUGAGGACCUGUUUCAACUUAUAGAAUCUCAUGAGGGCAAACUGCUUAAACUAUAUGUGUAUAAUUCAGAAACAGAUGGCUGUAGAGAGGUGACAAUAACACCCAACAGAAACUGGGGAGGAGAAGGAAGCAUCGGUUGUGGAAUAGGAUAUGGCUACCUUCACAGAAUACCUAUCAGAGAUUCUCCUGAGAUGCCUCUCCAAUCUAACUCAUCCUCCCCUGCUCCUGAUGGCUUCUCUGAAGUUCCUCUCAUUGGGCCAACCUCAGUGCCUCUUGUCGCAGUUUCAACGGCAACCGUAUCACCAAUACAAGCAUCAGGUCUAGAGACAGGGAUGACUACAUUGAACCUCAACACAACUGCAGCUUCACCGGCAAUGAAUCCAUUUAGUACCAGUUUCCCAUCAACGUCCCCUGCUACAACUGGCACAUAUCCAGUAGCUGCUCCCUUUGUAGCACCUGCAGGUGCCCCACCCACAGUUCCUUCAUUCACACCCCAAGUCCAGGGCUCACCCAUGAUUGGAGGUAUGACCCCACCCUUGGUCCCCUUGGCUUCCAUGAGCCCGCCCCAAACAUCAACAACACCUUCUGGAAGUUCCGCAGUCACUGUAACCGCAACAGCGACACCACUGAUGACGGAUAUUACUGCAGGGGCAAGCCCAGCCCCGUUAAUACCCACAACAGUUCCCGCGUCAGCAAGUGAAGACAUCGCUGCGACUUUUCAACCAGCACCACCACCUCCAUCACAACCCAUUGCUAUAUCAUAAAAGAACAUAACUAUAGAAUUCAACUGAAAAGACAUAGUGAAAAUCUAUAAGGCUGUGCCAUAACGUUGGGAAGAUCAAGUGGGACAAACAUUGCAGUGUCACAGUUGAUACAGCUCUAAUGUGAGUGUUGUGUGACACUACAGUUACAGCUUUACUGUGGAUAUUAUGUGACACUGUAAUUUCUGGUUGGCUACUCUGCCAACAUAAGCCAAAGUCUGUUAGGUAGUAUUUUUUAUUAUUUUGCGUGAUGUUAUUCUUGAACUAACUUGUAAUAUUAAUUCUAUCCUUUUAUUUGAAGUUACUUUUUCAAUCUUUACAUUUGUAAAGAUGGCAGACCAAAAUUUAACGCUGUACAGAAUGCAGUAAAUUUAUCAGGCAAGCUAAGACCCUUACCUCUGUAUGUGUACUUUGGUUUUGAGUAAACUGUCUAAAACCACUGAGUGGCUGGAACAAAACUUGCAAUUAAAUUGUUGUAAAUAUAAUCAUUUACAAUUGAAAGUUUCUUCCAACAAUUUACUGGCAACGUUCUUAACUGUGUUAGUUCUCUAAUAACCUUUACAUGUAUCAACAUCAAAGCCAGUAUCCCAUACAUGUAGUGGUUGAUUUUCUUUGUUCUCGUCACCUUCUGCUUGAAAAUGUAUCAAAUCUUGUAAGGAGAAAUUAAACUUUGAUCACUCUUGGAAAUUGAACAGGUUAAAAGCUGGUUAAGGACAAUAAUAAAAAGGCCUGUAACAUGAUGAUGAA